AGAACACGAUUUUUGUGUUCAAAUGUUGUCAUUGCCUUGAUCGCUCACACGAUUCAAUGAGAAGAUCUGAUUGAAGAGGAUGCAUACUUUUUCCCCGUGCUAGCCAUCGUAGUGUCUGUCUUCCCGUUGGUCUUGAUGCAGCUAGAUUCGCAGUCUCCCAGUACAACUGUAGAUUCAGUUUUUCCACAACCCAGAGUUCGUCACAUCUGAGAAAUCUAUGACAUUUUGCUUUCCCAUCGCGCCAUCUUUGCUGAGAACUUGAUUUCAGUGCAAGAGAAUUUAUGCCCAGCAGUCUCACGCAGACGAAUUGUGUCACUACGAAGGGAAGAUCUGUUUUCUUCGGGAGAGCCGGGCUUUCGGAUUGAAGAGAGGGCCUCCUGUACGCGUUGAAGGAGAGAGCAGGAGAGAAAGGAAGGGGCAGGUGCGUCCAUCGUCAGUCACGCUCCUGAACUUGCGACACGACUUGUGGAAUGGACUCCACACACGAGGAACCGGAGCUUCCCUCCGCCAUCCAGGACCUUGUCCAGCGUCUGGAAGGACAAGGCGAGCGUAUAAUCGCGCUUCCCGAUUUAACCGGGUCAGAAUUUCAGGAGUUCUUUCCGGAGCGUGCAUCACUUUCGACAAUCACAGGGUGGCGAAGCCAAGUGCGCCUUCGAGUGCUGGAGGCAAUCGGCAACUGCAACACCUUUGAGAGUCUGAACGUGGGAGACAUUUGUGGGGACGAUAUAUCGAGGUUGACGGCAAGCGAGUGGGAGAUCGUUUUCAGAGGUUUCAGGUCUAGCCCCGUUCUAGAAGAGAUAUCCCUUCGUUUUUUGAAAUGGAGUUCAGAUGCGGAAGUGGAGACCUUGUGCUUAGAGCUGGGGAGAAUUCUGAACUCCUCUAGCGUUACACGAUUAGAUGUGUACGGGUGCAGAUUGAGUGCCAGAUGUUGGUCGAAUCUCGCCUCAGGACUGCGAGGACAUUCCGAUUCUAAACUCCAGUCUUUGAUUGUAUGGGACGCGUUGGAGGACGAGAGUGCGGUGAAGCAUGUGGCUGAGAUGAUCAACAGUGCUCCUCUAUUAGAAACGUUGAGUUUAGAGAAAUGGAAGGAGUGGAAGGACAUGGAGGACGAGACCGUUGGAAUCCUGUCCCAGACGUUGAUCCAGAGCUCGUCGUUGAGAGAUUUGGGCCUAGGAGGCGCGGGGAAGUGGGGAGGGCCCUUGUUGCUGAAAGCAUUGGCCGGAGACGAUCGCAACCGAUCCAUUGAACGUCUUGAGUUGUCGCGUAUGGAUGGACUCGGAGACUGUUUAAGGGAAAUACUUAUUUCCAACCCAUCAUUGAAGGAAGUGAAGCUGUACAAGGUGAAGAUGAGUCCUGAGGAAUGGCACCAGCUCGGCGAAGUCAUACGUGACAAUGCUAUAGCCACAACUAUAUAUGUUAGCUUUUAUGGUGAUGACGACUGGAAGUCAAUGGAAGCUCUUGCUAGUUCUGCUAGCUCCGAUGUCAAUGACCCCACACUGGAGCUUGACAUAGGGAUUUGGGGGAAGGAGGAAGAUAAGGUGAAGUUGUCAUUAAACCUAUUAGGUAGGGUGCUGCGCGGGGAAAUCAAAUCUUUAAAAUCUCUGAGUAUAGGGAACUAUGAAGAUUUUCAGUUUAGAAAAUAUCUCACUUUCAGUAUCCUUCCGAUGAAUGGGAAAACUGGAGAAACCUCAGUCCAGAAGAGACUGGAAUUAUUCCUUCGAAGAGAAGAUAUUUCGAAGGGAGUAUUGGAGGAGCUGCUUCGGUGCAUGCGAGGGAACCACCUCACUCACUUGGAUUUGUGUCACUCCAGACUCGACCAGGAGGCGUUCAGGGACGUGAUGGGAGUACUGCAAGUGAACUUGGCUCUCAUCAAGGACCCCACACUGGAGCUUGACCUCCAAGCACGGAGUGAAGAUGAAGUGAUGUUAUCAUUAAACCUGUUAGGUAGGGUGCUGCGCGGUGAAAUCCAAUCUCUAAAAUCUCUGAGAGUGAGAAACCAGAGUGAGAAACCAAUUAUCACUUUCAGUAUCCUCCCGAUGAAUGGGAAAACUGGAGAAACCUCAGUCCAGAAGAGACUGGAAUUAUCUGUUCGAAGCGAAAAUCUUUCGAAGGGAGAAUGGGAGGAGUUGCUUCGGUGCAUGCGAGGGAACCACCUCACUCACUUGGAUUUGUCUGACUCUGAACUCGACGAGGAGGCGUUCAGGGACGUGAUGGGAGUACUGCAAGUAAACUUGGCUCUCCAGGAAAUCGACGUCUCACGAACAUCGUGGGCAACGGACGGAAAGGCGGCGCUGAUUCAAGAGUCUCUGCAACAGAACAAGGAGCGGGCCGUCUACAUGUCUGUGUUCCGGGAAGCAAACUUAACAUUCGGAGAUGCAAAAGCUGGCCGACUCUUCUUAUGCGGCUCUCCUCGAGCAGGAAAAACUCAAUUGCGUAAAACUUUGAUGAGGAUAAAUCAUAGCUGGCUACACAAAAGCAAUCUGUUCAAUAGAUGGGAGGUAUUGUGGAGGACCAAAGGGAUUGAAGUGGAGUUUUUGCGAAAAAAUGACGAAAUGCAAAUCUCAGUUUGGGAUCUUGCAGGACAAUGGAUUUUUCGUACCCUUCAAACUGUACUUUUCCCUCAAACCAGCAAUUUUUGUGUUUUUCUUUUUGUGUAUAGCCCCUUUUGUGAGGAAAAAUCUUCAAAGAAACCAGAUUCUUGUUUUGAAACUGAGUUGGAGGAUUGGUUGAGUUUCUUCACAUCUAGCAUUAGGGUCACUGGACGUGACCUUCCCCAAGUUUUUGUUGUCAUUUCACACAAGGACAAAGCCAUAUAUAGCUCUGUGAGUUGGGCUCAGUCAAUAGUUGAAAAACUCACCCAAAGAUUCGCAAAUUAUGUGGAUCUCCGCCCUAUUCAAGAGUGUUUUCAUGUGGAUGCUAGGAAGAAGAAGCAAGUUAGCUCUCUUAACAGACACAUUUUUGAGAAUUUCCACAAGUUGUUGAGUGAUAAAUCUCCACAGGUUCCCAAAUUGUGUUUACAACUCACCUCUCUCUUGGUUACAAACACCAAGAAGAACAAAAGUUUUCCUUUGUGGCCAUCCAAAAAGUUUUAUGACUUUUGUGUUUCCGAUUUGAAAAAAUUCAUUCCAUCUUCUUCUGCUCACUCUGUUGAACAUUCAAGGAUAAUGCAAUCUAUCAUAUCCUAUUUGAAUGAUGUUGGAUCCAUCAUUUACAUCCCCAACCUUGAUUACAUCAUUGUCGAUCCCAACUGGCUCACUAAUACCUUCUUGGGUGAGCUAAUAGCUCUGGGUCAAAACUUUCAAGCUCAAGAGCCAGAGUCUUCUUAUAGAAUGAGCUCAUACGCAAGCAAGGACGGAUUUGUGAGUGAGAGUGUCUUUGUUCGGUUGAUAGAAGAGUUUCUGGGAAACCAAUCACAUGGACAGAGAGGUGUGGAUAGAGAGAAGCUUGAAAACAUACUUGUCAAUUUAGAUUUGUGUUUCAAGCUCAAAGAUACUUCUCAGUAUUUCAUUCCUUCUUUCAUCCCGGAGCAUGCAAGCAAAGAAGAACAGAAGCAUGAAGAAGGGGCACACGUGGACUCAAUGUUUUGGGAUAAUAGGAGUGAGACUUCACAGUUUGUCGGCAUUCGAAUUCAGUGCCAAGAUGAAAUAACAAUGUCCCUGACUGCUGCUUUUUUUCCACGCUUCCAGAUGUUCAUAAGACGCAAGUUGAUAUCCGAGGAGAUGGGUGUUUUCGAGGAGAAUGUUAUCUGCUCUCGACAUUAUCUGCGACUUUUCCUUGACGGGCAUCAAAUAUAUAUCGAGCACAUUCAGAAUGAAAAGUCUCACAAAUACGUAGAUGUUCUGAUGUUAUGCUCGAGUCAGAAGUCAAAGGAGGCAGCUAUUACAUAUGUGAGGAAGCAUAUCGUCCAGGAGUUGAUAUCAUUUUGCGCAUCACCAAAAGGCUGUCUUGGGGUGGCGUUAGUGCUCGGUGUGAUCCAGACUUUUUGCGUGGAGAUGCUGAUUCCAAGUCGUCUCAGAAAAGUCAUUCUGAUCGAGACCCUGAAAUCGGACUUCAUUCGUAGCAUCAAUGGCAAACUUGAGGAAAUGCCGUUGGAAAAGUCGCACUUGAUGGAGAAGGAAGAGUUGUUUCACUAUGAGCACUGUUGGCCUCCGAUUGGAAGAUACACCGGCCAAAUAUCUGAACUAGCAAGGGAUUUGUUGUGGGAGAGCGAUGUGGAAGCAGUUGUGAAUGAGAUUCACCAGAAUCGAAUUCAACAAUUGGAGUCAUUGGAGGAAGGUAUAAUUAGCGUGGAUAAUGGUUUGGCUUUAUGUUAUCCUGAAGCUGAAAACAUGAAUAGCGGCUCCGAUGCCCCCCAAAUAAAAGACCUCAAACCACUCUCAUCCAGGUGCUUGAGUCGAUCCAGCACAAGUGUGGAGAAUCGUUCGACUCGACUUGUUUUGUUCAAGAUUGAGCAACUAAAAGGAGAGGUUCAGGGUUUGCAUAAAAAGGUUGAUGAUUUGGAUGAGAGGUUGAGAGAAGUGCAUAGCAUCAUGCAAAGAGUGGACAUGAAAAUGGAACACAUACUCUCUGUGCACCAAGAACUGCAGUCAAAGUUGAGUGUCUUCAUGUCUAAGGUGGACAGGAGCAUUGGCUAUUCGCAAGAGAUUCAGCAGCGGAAAACGCCCAAACGACCUUAUGUUACGGAUGAUGUGGGACAUUUCUAUAGGUUGAGUGCAGGUCUGCAUGUCGGGAAAAUUGUUCGACUUCACUUGAUGUGUGAGUCGAUGACUGGGUUUCACACUGUCAAAGAUCAAGAAGGGUUGAAGUUACGAUUGGAUUUGGAGAAGUGGGAGUGGAUUCGGAGAACUAUUGAAAUUUCAUACAAAGUCAUAUAUUAUGGUGCAAAGGCUGCAUUGACUAAGUUCUGCGGGUUGGGCGAAGCGAUUCCGGCCUGGGCAGAUUUGGAAGCGGAUAUUGUUAAACUGGAUGGUAUUAGCAGUGAAGAUCGCAAGGCAGUUCUAACAGGUGGGGAAAGCAAGGAGCUGCAAGAAGCAUGGUUGAGGAUUCAGCAAAUUCUUGCGCCUGAACUUGAAUAUUCCAAAAUCUUCAAGUUGUAUCAGGUGAAGUACGUGAGUUUAAAAAAAGGUGGGCAUGCAUGGGUGUGCGAGGAGUGCAUGAAUAAAGGCCUGCGUUGUGGAAUUUUGACAAGUUAGGAUUUAGAAGAGGUUAGAAUGCCACUAUGCAAUUGACAAGCAUAUGUUUGGACCCAUAUGCAAUAUACAACUCUGCAAAUUGUUCCUUGUAGUUUUCACAAGAAGAAAUCUUCUAUAAUCUUU